GCCCGUCCCGCUCCUCUUCCGGCUCGCAGAUUCCUCACGAACAGCAGGCGGGGAACUGGCGCCUCUGGCUCAAAAAAUUCAGCAGCGGCUCUGCCCAGGUCCAGGAAACUCCUGCUCUGCAGCCGCGUGCGUUGGGCCGGGAACCGAGGGCGGAGCUGGGCCGCAGAGGCCGUGGCGAAUCGGUGACCGAUCGGCAUUGGCGGAGCUGGCGAGGCCCGAGAGCGCCCCGGCGACUCAGUGGACCCGACGGGUGCGCGCUUCCCGGAGACCCCUGCCCACCCUCAGGCUCCCUCUCGUCCCUCGAGGCCCCCUGCCCACCACCACGGGGCCCCCUCCCGCCACGCCGCUAGGCACCAUGGAGAGCCUCAAGCCAUGAAAUGGCUCUUGGUGAAACAGCGACGGAUGCUGCCUGGAGGGAACACUGCUGGGUGACAGCAGGGGUGAGGAGGAAUGGGGUCCCAGGAAGCUUAAUAUGAAGUCAAGAGGGAUGGAUCCCGUGCUCUCCACUGUCCGGCUCACUGUCCGGGAGGCUGUUCACACCCUUUCAUCGUCUGAGGAUGGGGGCUGCAUCUUCUCCACUCUGGGAUCCCUGAAGCGGUAUCUUGGUGAAACGGAGAACCCAGCCCUCCCUGAGGAGCAGGAGGAGUUUGCCAGGAUCCACUUUUCCACGUUUCUCAGAUGCCUUGUCGGCAAACUGAGCCCGGAUUGGCUGGAGCUGCUGCCUGAUGGCCAGUUGGAGGAGCUGUGGGCCAGCUUCUUCCUGGAGGGCCCAGCUGAUCAAGCCUUCCUGGUGCUGAUGGAGGCCAUCGAGGGUGCUGCCAGCCCCAGCUUCCGUCUGAUGAAGAUGGCACGGCUGCUGGCCCGGUUCCUGAGCGCAGGCAGGAUGGCCGCUGUGAUGGAGGGGCAAUGUCGACAGCAGACGGAGCCGGCCUUCUCGCUGCUCCAGGAGACACUCCUUAGCAAGGUGGUGGGCUUACCUGAUCACCUGGGCAACCGCCUGCAGCGGGAGAACCUGGCUGGAUUCUUCCCUCAAAACUACUUCCCUCUGCUCGGUGAGGAGCUCCUGCAGGCCCUGCACGUGGUCGUGGAGUCUCUCCGAGGUGGCUUGGACUGCUCCGUCUCCUUCCUGUCUCAGGUCCUGGGAAAAGCCUGUGUCCAUGGGAGACAGAAGGAGCUCCUGGGUGUGCUGGUGCCCCGGCUGACAGCGCUCACCCAGGGCAGCUGCCUCUGGCAGCGGGUCUGCUGGCGCCUGGUGGAGCGCGUGCCCGACCGGGCCAUGGAGGCUGUACUGACAGGGCUGGUGGAAGCUGCCUCGGGGCCUGAAGUCCUGUCGUGGCUUUUGGGGAACCUGGUGAUGAAGAGUAAGAAGGCCCAGUUUGUGAUGACCCAGAAGCUCCUGUUCCUACAGUACCGCUACACGACACCCGUGCUGCGGAGCCUGCUAGGGUACCUGGCCAUGGACAGCCAGCGGCGCCCGCUCCUCAUACAGGCAUUGAAGGAGCUCCUGGAGACGUGGGGCAGCAGCAGUGCCAUCCGCCGCGCACCCCUGGCACAGCAGCACUACAUCAGCAAGGCCAUCCUCGUGUGCCUGGCGCAUCUGGGGGAGGCAGAGCUCCAGGACUGCCGGGACGAGUUGCUGGCCAGCCUGAUGGCGGGAGUGCAGAGUCAUCUGGAUAGCAGCCUGCCCGCUGUGCGCCGCCUGGGAAUGAUCGUGGCUGAGGUGGCCAGUGCCCAGAUCCACCCCGAGGGGCCUCCCCUGAGGUUCCAGUAUGAAGAGGAUGAAUUGACCCGUGAGCUCCUGGCCUUGGCCACCCCACAGCCUGCGGCUGACAGCCCCUCGGAGGCAGGCCCGCCUGUUGCUCCAGUCACCGCAGAGACCACUAACGAGGAGAUGGUGAGCAGCGGUGGCCCCCAGGCUCAGCCAGAGGGCUCCGACUCUGAGCUGGACAGCGACGACGAGUUUGUCCCCUACGACAUGUCGGGGGACACAGAGCUGAGGAGCAGCAAGGCACCUGUGUACGUGCGGGACUGCGUGGAAGCUCUGACCACGUCCGAGAACUGGGAGCGCUGGGAGGCAACCCUGCGGGCCCUUGAGGGGCUGAUCUUCAGGAGCCCAGCUGCCACUCAGGAGGUGAGCGUGGAGCUGGCCAAGGUGCUACUGCACCUGGAGGAGAAGACGGGCGUGGCAGGAUUCGAGGCGCUGCGCCAGAGAGCCCUGGUGGCCGUCACAGUCACAGACCCGGUGCGGGUGGCAGAGUACCUGACCACACAGUUCUACGCCCUCAACUACAGCCUUCGGCAGCGCAUGGACAUUCUAGAUGUCCUGACUCUGGCUGCCCAGGAGCUGUCCCGGCCUGGGCGCCGCCAGAAGCCUCCCCAGCGGGGCCCCCCAGGUCCCGGCCCCCAGCCCGGCAGCCCCGCCACCCCCGCCUGGCAAGCAGUGGUGGAGGAGCGCAUCAGAAGCAAGACCCGGCGGGUCUCCAAGGGGUCUGCGGGGCAGGGACCAGCUGCUGACCCCAACAAAUUCAACUCAGUUGCUGGCUACUUCUUCUUCCCCCUCAUCCAGCUUUUCGACAGACCUCUAGUGACCUUCGACCUUUUGGGAGAUGACCAGUUGGUUCUUGGGAGACUGGUGCACACCUUAGGGGCCCUGAUGUACCUGUCCGUGAACACCAUGGUGGCUGUGCCCAUGGGCAAGGCCCUGCUGGAGUUCGUGUGGGCCCUUCGUUUCCAUGGUGACAUCUACGUGCGCCAGGGCUUGCUGUCUGCCGUCUCCUCCGUACUUCUCAGCGUCCCAGCCGAGCGACUGCUGGCAGACCUGCCAGACGAGCUGCUGGAAGCCCAGUCUUGGCUGGCAGACGUGGCCCAGAAGGACCCGGACGAGGACUGCAGGACGCUGGCAAUUAAGGCGCUGCUGCUCCUGGAGAAGCUCAGAGACAAGCUCCUCCCACCCCCGCCUCCUUAGUCACAGGAGGGGAGGCCCCACCUAGUGCCUGAGGCUCAGCCACUGUCCCCAGGGCCUCUGGGCUCUGCCCCCCAGCUGGUGGGACCCCAGGAGAGACUCCAGGAGAGCCGCUGUGGAGUAGGGAGGAGGAGCUGCAGUUCAGCCCAACGCAUCCGCCUCCAGACUGGUAGAGCUGGGGGCUGCUGGGCCGGGGGCUUCUUGGCGAGCGCCCCCAGCCCCUUUCCUCCCCUCAAGGCAGGUGACUUUAAAAACAGCGGAAAAGAGGCGGGAGGGUAUAGCUCAAAUGGUAGCAUGCACGCCUAGCGUGCAGGAGGUCCUGGGUUCAAUCUCCAGUACCUCCACUGAAAAAAAACUAGCAAUAAACAGACCUAGCGACCCCCACCACACACACAAAAAACAGCAGAAAAGGGAGAAUAAAGGAAGUGCAGAAGCUCUUUGUGGUUCUCACUCCUGCGGGGACCCUGGUGCCCAGACAGGCCCUCCGAAAGGGGAGGCACAAAAAUGGGGGCAGGAAGGGGACACAGACCUUUGAGAAAACAGGCUUUAUUUGGAGAAUAUCGGCAGCUAGUGGACAGCGCAGGGGGUGGGAGAGUGAGCAUCCCUAGUCACGAUGAAGCCCCGACAGCCCCUCACAGUGGGAGCUGGCGACACGGCCUGGCCCUGUGGUCAGACACGCUGCCAGGCAGCCCACGUGGAUGCUGGGAUGAGCGGCGGAGAACACAUUGAUGUCCUUAGUUCAUGAAGCUCUGGAAGUUUCUCAGGCUUCAUGAUCUGCACUCUGGGAAAUGUAACGGGAAAAAUGAAUCAACUUCAACAAAAACCUGCAGGGGCCAGAGUCACAGAGGUGGUGGCUUAGAGACACAUCCCCGCUCUCCUCGGCAGGCCAGCGUGUCUUCCACAGCUCUGCCCAUGGACUUGGACACUGCAGAAACUUCUUUAAACAAGAAAGUCAGGUUCUUGCUCCUGGGAUGGCGGGGAGGUGCCAGAAGAGCUCCGGCAGCAGCAGGCUGAGCCCUCAGGGACCGUUCACCUCCUCCGUCACCUCCUCGUCCAUCUCCCUGUGGUCCUCCAUGCUGUGGUGGCGGGUCCUUGCGGGCACAGCGCGCGUCAGAGGGAUGCCCAGGCCCUGAUGCACGGCGUCCACGGUCUGCUGGCUCACAUAGUACGACAUGUUGGCGGAAGGAAGUUUCCUUCGCAUCUCCUCCAGGUACUUGUAGGCCUGGGUAGCACAGAAUAGCUGUUACCGGUUAGCGCCCAGUGAGAACUGAGGGCCCAGCCCUAGGGUCAGAGGAGAGCCGGUCCCUGCUUCUCCAGUGAGGAGUGGAGGGAUGCCCUGGGUGAAGGGAUUGAGGUGACUUCCCAGCCUUUCCUAGGCAUGGCAGUGUCUGAGCACCAUGCUGCUGAGGCUCUAAGAGUCAUUGUUGUGGGCUGUGAUCAGCACUACUCCUGAGCAGGUCCAGCCAGCUUCCCUGGAAAGUCCUGUGGGCGGCUGGUGUACAAGGACCCUGUGUGUGGGAGGGAGCCACGCUCCUGGUAGGAUCUGCCCACUCUGGAUGCACACAGGGAGAACCUAAGGGAAGGAAGGAUUCAUGUCUUCCAUGUUUCAUUCACUCAUUCACUCUGGGGUGUGUGCUUAUUGGCCCGGAGGGAGGCAGCAACAUAUAAAUGGUUUGUCCUGUUUGUUUUGACUAGGCAUCAAAUUUACCGCAGUUAAUUGGGCCUGUGAUUAGUGAGUCUCGUGUGCGUGGUCCUUGGUCUGGCUGGUGAGCUAUAGGAUUGUCAGUGGUUUUCCUGUGGGACUUGCUCAGGUCCCAGCAGUGGGAGUGUGUGGGAGAGUGUGAGCGCUACACAGCAGCUCAGGAGUGGAGGCAAGACAGGUGUGUGCACACUGGCCACACCUGUUACACCUGCCCUCCCCAUGGAGGGCCAUGGACAAGCAUGGGGGGAAGCAGGGCCACGUGUGGCAUCUAGGGCUUAACCUUACCAAGGUACACCGUGUCAGUUCAGAAUGCACUGUGAGCUUGCAGAGUGCAGGAGCUCUCAAGCUACCUGGGAGGACACAUCCAGGCGCCAAGAGGCUUCCGUAGGUGUUUGCCAAGUGCCAGCUGUGAGCGGGCACUGCUGGGCACCCAAGACAUGAGUACAGGGAAGACUUGAGGCCAGGCAGGGUCGGGGCUAGAGGGAGGUGGUUGUGCAGCUUGGGGCUCAGGGUACCCUUCAGACCUGGCGCUGCACAUAGACUGCUUUCUUGGGGAUUCAGGGAACCGCAGUCCCCAAGGCCGGCACAGUCCACUAGCCACGUUUCUGAGGUGACCUGUCAAUUCCUGUCUCAUGAGCACUUGGGAAAGGAAGACAAGGGAGCCUCGGGGUCCCUCAGUCUCACCAGGAACUACCCACCAGGGAUGGGCUGUGGGCAGAGCACAUGCUUGUAGCAAAGUCUGGAAGAUGCCCUUUGGAAAACAAAGGACAAAUGCAGCUGGGUGGGGCUCUGGUGUUGGUUACAGAGAAAUAAGAUUGAAAAGAACAAGGAGAGAGGCUGCUGGUGAAGGCAGAGUAACUUGUAUUAGACCAACCAGCCCACACAGCUGAUAAACUGGGCAGAACAUAAAAGGCCCUGCGAAACAGCCGUGGGCAGGCGGAUCUUGGGUGAGUUUCCUGCUUGUAACUUUUGCCUCGGGGAGGCCCCAGUCAGGGCCACUAGGGGAAGUGAAAAGGCACAUAGCAACCCCACACCGUUUCUGGCAGAAAGAACCAGAAUCAGAACUGGAUCCAGCGUAGCAGCUGGAAUGAGGAAGUGUGAAGAUAGUCGUAGAGCGGGAGCCCAAAUUCCUGAUCUCCAGUUGACCCUGCACUCUGCGCAUGGUGGGGCCAGGGCAGACUCCAGGAAGCACAACUAGAGUGAGAGUACUAAGCAGAGAUUCCAGCUGCUGCCCACUACUGCGGAGGGUCUAGGCUGAACAAAGAUGAUUGCCUAGUGAAAGGGAGGGAGGAAGAGAGAGAAAGAGAGUAAAAAAAGAAAAAUAAAGAGUAAUCCUAUUCUCUUUGGAGGAACAUAACAGAAUGCAGGAUCUCUAAAAUGUGUUAUCCACGAUGCCCAAGAUACAAAACAGUUGCUAGACAUUAAAAGAAACAGGAAAAACUGACCUAUACUCAAGAGAAAAGACAAAUGAUGGAGACCAACUCAACACGAUCCAGAUGUUUGAAUUAGCAACAAAGACGUUAGAGCAGCAAUUCUAACUAUGCUCAAGUAUAUAAAGGAAAAUGCAGCAGCCUAAUGGAAAACAGUAUGGAGAUUCCUUAAAAAACUGAAAACACUUACCCUAUGACCUAGCAAUUCCACCCCUGGGCAUAUAACCGGAGGAAACUAAUUUGAAAAGACACAUGCACCCCAAUGUUCACAGCAGCAAUAUUUACAGCAGCCAAGACAUGGAAACAACCUAAGUCUCCAUCAACAGUUGACUGGAUAAAAAAGAUGUGGUAUAUUUAUACAAUGGAAUACUACUCAGCCAUAAAAAGAUUGAAAUAAUUCCAUUUACAACAACAUGGAUGGACCUGAAGAUGGUCAUUCUAAGAGAAGUAAACCAGAAAGGAAGAAAAAUACCAUAUGAUAUCACUCAUGUGAAAUCUAAAAAAAAGACAAAUGAACUUAUUUAUAAAACAAAAACAGACAGACAUAGAAACAAACUUGGUUACCUGGGGAAAGGAAGGGAUAAAUUGGGAGAUCGAGAUAUGCAGAUACUAACUACUAUAUAUAAAAUAGAUGAACAACAAGUUUCUGCUGUCUAGCACAGGGAACUAUAUUUAAUAUCUUGUAAUAACCUAUCAUGAAAAAUAUGAAAGUGAAUAUAUAUAUAUAUGUGUAUGUGUGAAACAUCAUGCUGUACAAUAGGAAUUGAUACAUUGUAAACUGACUAUACUUCAAUUAACAUUAAAAUUUAAAAAAUGAAAUGUUUUUAAUAAGUGAACAAAUAGGAAAUGUUAGCAAAGAAAAAGAAGUUUAAAUUCUAUAACUGAAAAAUCAAAGUCUAAAACGAAAAAUUUGCUGGAGAGCUUAACAGCAGAUAUAGACAAGAAAAGUCAAUAUAUUUGAAGAUUGUUACAAGUUAUAUACUUCAAAUAAUAGGGAAAGAAGAUUAAUAAUAAUAAACAGUAAUUACCAAUGUUUAUACACUUAAUAUGAAAAGGCCUAACAUUUCAUUGGAGGCCCAGAAAGAGAAUAAGGUAGAAAAAAAUAUUUGAGGGGGAAAUAAUUACAAAUUUCCCAAAAACAAUCACAAAAGGAACAGACUGUUUCCAAGUUAUAUACCCUCAUCCUGGAACAAAGCUCAACAAUAAAACAGCGCACACACACACACACACACACACACACACACACACACACACACACUCUCUCUCUCUCUCUCUCCAUCAAUCAACAACCUAAGCCAUUUACAAUGUCUGGAAUCAAAUAAAUAAUUACCAGGCCUGCAAAGAAGCAGGAAAAUAUGAACCAUAAUCAAGAGAAGAAUCAAUCAAUAGAAACAGAUAUGGAAUUGACACAGGAGUCAAGGACUUUAUAAUAGCCUUAUAAAUACUUCAUGUGCUCAGGAAGGUAGAGGAAAGAGUAAGCAUGAUAAAGAGAGACACGGAAGACAAAGGGAAAGGCCAGUUUAGGCUCGCGGAGGUGAAAAUCAUGUCACGGAGCAACACGAGCAGACGAUGCAGAAGGAAGACCGGUGAACUCGAACCAAUAGCAAAGCAACUGCCCCAAAUGAAAAACAGAGAAAAAAAUCUGGGCAAAAAGGAGAAGAGAAUCAGCUGAGCUGGGGUACAAUGUAUACCAGUAACUGGAGUCUGGAAGGGGAGGGGAGAGAGGGGACUAAAAGGGAGCUCCCUACAGGCUGCGAGAAAACACGUCUGAUGGAGGAUAUGUAAAGUCCACAAUCAACAGUGAGGCGAAAAACACCCAGUAAGACGGUGGGAAAGGAUUUGCGCAUUUGCAGGAGGAGAGAGGUGCUCGCCACCGGGCAGUAGGAGGUGCAUCCCAGCCACGGUAAGACACCAAAGCACACACACCUACAUGUCGGCCAUUGCAUGUCCCCCAACACUGAGACGUUUCUGAUCAGAUCGGGGUGGCAUUAGCAAACGUGAUUUUUCUGAUAUGUAUAAUGAAAUAUGCUGAUGUUUGCAUAACUCAGUGAACCAAUAUUUUCCACACAACCACCAUGAUGUUACAGAAUCGUGUGUGUAAGAGAUCCAAGACCGAGCAAUGGGUAUUAAAAUAACAAGUACAGAAAGUACAGGGAUGUGGUUUUGGAUUCCUCAUCAUGACUAACUUAAGAAACACCACCCUGUGUGUGGAGUGUCGGGGUGUCAGAGAAAGGGAGCCACAGAGCUCGGAGGAGCUGCUGGAAUAGCCUCCCAUUUCCACCUGCUUGUUGGUGGGGAGCUGGCCUUUCAUUCUAUAUUUCAUAUUUCAAUUUAAAAAAACCGAUUUUAACAAAUUGAAUGCAGAAGCAGAAACCAAGACUUUGCCCAUCCUCUUAUUAAAGAGAUCAGCAAAAAUGUAAAAUAAGGCUACUUUUCUAACUAAAUUUCUUUGUUUUGGAAAAUAGUUAUUUUUAAUGAAAAUAUUAUCUAUUUUAA